GAAAAACUUUUCCAUUUGAAAAUCAUGCAUCGCUCUUGCAAAAGGCAAGCAAGUAUGAAUAAAGAAAAUGAACCUACUGGAAAAGUUGAAGAGGCUACAGGACCAAUUACGCGAGCAAGGUCUAAAACCUUGGGGCCAGCUGGAGGAAAAUGCUCCUCCUCAAAACAAUCUUUCAAACAGGACCAAAAACGUGUUCUUCGAUUGAACUCCAAAAGAGCAGCCUCAGAUGAGGACAAGGCUUCUGUGGUUGCAUCUGUAGGCCUUCAGCCUAAAAGAAGGGCAGUGCUUAAAGAUGUAACUAAUGUCUGUGAUGACAGUUUGUGCGAUGACUGCAUAAAUGCAACUAAAAUUCAGACCACCGAACACACUAUGACAGACCCCAGUGAGAACACAGAAACGUUUGAGGAUAUUGCGAUGGAAAUCCUAUCACCUGAAGAGGAUGUGAAAGCUAAGUUAGCUGAAGACUUAUCAAAAAUAAGGAUGGUAGAAACACAAGAUAUCACUUUACCAGUAAUACUGGAAGAAAGAGAAUUAGCGGAACCAAAGUGUUGUGGUGCAAGGGAACGUGCUGUUGCCGAUGCAAUGCCUUCAAUACAGGCUUCCACAAUGGAUGUUGGAGUGCAUAGCCAUCAGAAAAAAGAAGAAAAUGAGGUUUGCGAGAAAUUAGGAGCCUCAGAAGAAGAUGUGGAUAUUGAUUCAAAUCUAAAAGAUCCUCAAGCAUGUUGCAUGUAUGCCCCUGACAUAUACAAUAAUAUGCGUGUUACUGAGAUUAACCAAAGACCUUCAAUCAAUUAUAUGGAACAGUUGCAUCGGGAUAUUACCCCAAGCAUGCGGGGAAUUUUAGUUGACUGGCUAGUGGAGGUUUCUGAAGAAUAUAAGCUAGUACCAGACUCACUGUACCUCACAGUGAGCCUUAUUGAUCGUUUUCUUUCUCAGAAUCUUAUAGAAAAACAACGACUCCAGCUACUUGGCGUUGCUUGCAUGCUAAUUGCCUCAAAGUAUGAAGAGAUUUGUGCACCGAGAGUGGAAGAAUUUUGUUUCAUCACUGAUAAUACCUACACAAGAGAAGAGGUGCUGAAAACGGAGAGCAAAGUUCUUAAUUUAUUAUAUUUUAAGUUAUCUGUUCCAACCACAAAAACGUUUCUCAGGAGAUUCAUUCAAGCAGCACAAGCAACUUACAAGGUUCCUUGUUUAGAACUAGAGUUCUUAGCCAAGUAUUUAGCAGAGCUGACUCUUCUUGAGUACACCUUCUUAAAGUUCUUACCUUCAAACAUCGCUGCAUCUGCUGUUUUCCUUGCCAGAUGGACUCUCAAUCAAUCAGACCAUCCAUGGAAUCCAACGCUGGAGCAUUAUACUAAUUAUAAAGUAUCAGAGCUGAAAGCUACGAUUCUUGCAUUGGAAGAUCUGCAGCUCAACACUAAUGGUUGCUCCCUCAAUGCUAUACGCGAGAAGUACAAGCAACAAAAGUUCAAAUGUGUGGCAACAAUGACUUCUCCAGAAAGAGUUGGAUCAGUGUUCUUAAGAUGAGGAAAGCUGAUUUAUGUUCUAGACCAUAACCAUUCAUUCCCCCCUGCUCGGAAGAAUGAAGAAUCUGAUCCUAAU